ACAUUUUAUUUUGAAAGUCCUGCCCGGAUAUUAUUUGGUCAGUAAUAGUGUAUCUCUUCCUGGUUGAUGUGGACGCAGGGAAAACCUGCGGGGUGAGGUCCUGUUGUUGAGAAGUGGAGAAGAAAAUCAGUAAACAUGAUUCUGAAAGCCAUGGGAUUCAUCGAUCUGCUAGUCCCGAAAAGAAUAACAACAAUGGCGUCCUCCAAAGUAAAGAGCGGAGUCAACAGUGAGACCAACUCCCUGAAAGAAAGUAAAAGCAACGCCAGCAGUUUAGCUGGGGAAGCAGCACCAAAUAACAGGAUAUACUGCCUGGAUGAUCUGGAGACCAUUGCUACAGUUGGAACAGGGACUUUUGGCCGAGUCUUCCUGGUCAAGGAUAAGAAGAGCAGGGCCUUCUAUGCCCUGAAGCAGAUGAAGAUCCCAGACGUGAUCCGACUGAAGCAGGAGCAACAUGUCCACAACGAGAAGGAGGUGCUGACAGAGGUCAACCACCCAUUCCUCAUCCGACUGUUUUGGACCCACCAUGAUGAGCGCUUCCUUUACAUGCUGAUGGACUACGUGCCAGGCGGUGAGCUGUUUAGCUACCUACGCAGCCGUGGGCGCUUCAGCAACAACACUGGCCUCUUCUAUACCUCUGAGAUUGUAUGCGCCAUCGAGUACCUCCACUCCAAAGAAAUCGUCUACCGUGACCUGAAGCCUGAGAACAUCCUGCUGGACAGUGAAGGACACAUUCGCCUGACUGACUUUGGCUUCGCUAAGAAGCUCUCUGACAGGACCUGGACUUUGUGUGGCACUCCUGAGUACCUGGCUCCUGAAGUCAUCCAAAGCAAAGGUCACGGCCGAGCAGUGGACUGGUGGGCUCUAGGCAUCCUUGUCUUUGAGAUGCUGGCAGGGUACCCGCCAUUCUUUGAUGACAAUCCGUUUGGAAUCUAUCAGAAGAUCCUGGCUGGAAAACUGGAAUUCCCACGCCAUCUGGAUUUCUAUGUCAAAGACCUCAUCAAGAAAUUUCUAGUCAUUGACCGAGCUCGGCGGCUAGGCAACAUGAAGAAUGGAGCUGACGACGUGAAGAAGCAUCGAUGGUUCAAGCCAAUUGACUGGGAUGCAGUUCCUCUGAGGAAGCUGAAGCCUCCCAUAGCUCCUAAAGUUUCCCACGAGGGGGACACGUCUAACUUUGAUGUUUACCCAGAGGAAGACUGGAAGAAAGACCCUCCUGUGCCUCAGAAGGACUUGGAGAUCUUCAAGAACUUCUGAUCACUCAGCCUGGCUUAUUUACUGAUGAAAUAUCUUGAAAAUUGACACAACAUAUUGUAAAGUUACUGUUACAGGUACUUUCAUGGAGGAAAUCCUUAUUUAUCAAAGUGGGAGAGUCGCAUUGUAUCUGAAAUAAUUGCCUCCCCAAAGACAAACUCCAAAGGAUUGAUACUGUGACGUGUGUCAUACCACAGAGAUGAUUUGCUUUUUAUAUUUUUAUUUAUCUGACAUCAAAGUCAAACUUUUGCUGUUUUAAUUGUUUUUUAUCACAGUCUGUUCUCUGAACCUGCUCAUAUGCAAAAAAGGAAAAAAAGAAAAGACUGUUACUUUCUAGGCUUAAAAAAGAAAAAUCAGGUCUUUUUUUAAUAUAAUCAUGUUUUAAUUUUGUAUCUCUUUUUAAAAUGUUCAUGCGGUCAUAUUUAAUGUGACUCUAGACUGGUGCUGUAAUUGCCAGCUGGCCAGUAGUCAUUAAUGUGCUGUGUUAGACUCCUGAUACUGUAUGUAGUUGUGAAUCAGCCACUUUAUUUGAAAAUGCGUGACCAGUAGCACUUGUUAAAAGGUGCCUUACCUCACCAUGAUGGAUGUGAUGUCUUGCAAAUACAUCAAGUUCACUUGAAACGGAGCUUUUCACAGCCAUUGGUGCUGCAUUUAGUAAUAAUGGAAGUUGGUGUGAGGUGUUGUUACAGAGAACAGGCAGUUGAAUGUUCUCUCAUGUCUCCUACUUUUUCCUCCAGCUGUUUUUUUUUUUUUUUUUUUUACUAUUUGACCUCUAAAAACAAGUUCAUUGACAGCCAAGACUUCCACACAGCUGUUCCACAAAUGAACUACUGACUUCCGGUUGACUUUAUACUCAUCAUCAUGCUCAUCCUUAUCAUCAUUGUUGUCAUGCCUUUAAAGCCAAGCCACGUGUAGGAAAAGGUGUUGGGAUGUGAGGCAGUCAAUAAUUAACCUGUCACUCUACAGAGCUGCAUUAAAGUUGGCUGCUAGUAUUCAUUGACAUUUCAGUUUACUGUAGUCAAGGUUUAAUUAUGUGUUUUGGGGCAAUGCCUUUACAAUAAAUGAUUUAGUCUGCUAUUCAUAUCUAAGCAACAAUUUUUGAACAUCCCCAUUCAUUACUCAAAAAUAUGUCAUUGGCAUUUGGACUAAAAACAGCACCAUGUUUUGGCAUGGGCAUGAUGUUUCAGGUAUCAGUGACAGACUACACUGGCUGCAUAGCAACAGUAGCACAUCAGCAGCAAAUUAUCAUGUGGCCUGUGUAGACAGGACAUUAGACCAUAAAAGAGGGCUGCAACCAAUGUUUAUUUUCAUCUCAGAUGAAUCAAUUUGUUUUUUGAUCUAUAAAAUGUCAGAAAAUGGUUCCUCAAAGAUGACAUCCUCAGAUGUCUAGUAUUGUCCAAAAAUUACUAUAUUGGAAUAUCAAAAUAGUAAUAGUUGGCAAUUAAUCAAUAUUCAUUGCAACUGUACUAUAAAAUAUAAUGCAAACAAGUUUUUAACAGAAAACUAGUUCAUUUGAAUAGUUUUUUGUCAUGUUGUGCAAAUGGUAAUUGUUUCAUGGUUCAUUUGAUCUCUUAUCAUUUCAUACUACUCAUGUUGGUGUUAUUCCUAGAACAUUAUAAUUGAUAAUGUUCAGGGAGCAUCAGUUUAAAUUGAGAAAGUAACAACAUCCACAACUGAAUCAAGCUGUUGCUUUUACACCAACUUCACUUAUAAUUGUCAAUUUUAUUGAGUUGUCUGCUACAGUUUGUUCAGGUUUAUCAUAACAUGGCUUGUGUUAAAUUUUAACAAAGUUAACCAUGUGUCAGAAAAGACACCUUCCCCCAUGUGUUCAUUUUUCUGGUCUUUUUCUUUAGUUGCAAAGCUAUGACAUUGCAAAAAAACAUGAUUGAUCAAAUUUAAUGAUGAUCCUGGAGCAACAUUAAUUAUAAUGUUCCAGGAAAAACAUGCAUAGUCCCUCAGAUGAUUGAUUAAUCAUCACAGCACUCUGCUGGAGGACGUCACACUACACUGAAACAGAAUUUGAGCCAGCUGUCCUGCUGGUCAGCUCUGUGUCACAGCCUUCCCGGGCUGUGUUUCUAACACAGUACUAAUGCUGGUCUGAACAAAGCCAUUGUUUUGUUUUGUUUUUUUCAGCGUGUGUUUGAGGACAUGAUGUCAUCUGCCAACGUCUCACUGGUUUUGAUCCUGUUUUGAUAUGCGGCUGGCAACAGCUGACAUCAGUAUGCGUGUGUUACCUUUGUGUGCGCGUGGAGUAAACACUUGGAACACUGAAGUGUUUUUGUGUGUUUUCUCUUACCAACCUGGAUGACAGUUGUUCAGCCAAAACACUUAGCAGGCACCUGUCAUCCUCAUCACUGUUUCCUUUUUCACACUUACCAUCACACUCACCACCAUCAACUAAAGACAAAAGCUUCUUUCUAUGAUUGAUUUUAUUUUUUUUUCUCUCACGUCACAACUGUUCCUGAGUAUCAUCAUGUGGAGUGGAUCAGUCUGAACAGAGCCAAUGUCAAUGACUGAUACGUUAACUGAUAUUCUUCUUUUAAUGCAGAAGUAGAGUCUGUCUGUUGAAUGAGGAUCCUUUAAAUGUGGCUGUUACAGGAUUUUAAAAAAAGAAAAAUCAAAUCAAAAAUAUGUACUGAGUGGGACAUUUUACAGUUGAACUUUGAAACUACAUUGAUAAAUGCAGUAAACUGGCAACAAAAUUAGGAUCACUGACAACAAAUACAACACAAGAAGCUGAUUUUUAAUCAGGGGCUGUAUUCACAAAUCAUCUUGAGGCCAAAUGUUUCUCUAAAUUAGCUGAAUAAGAAUAACUAUCUUCUUUUGUUCAACACAUUCUUCAGGUAGACUCCUUUCAGCUAGUAAGACCAUUUAGCUCCACAGCUAACUAAGCUACUUGCAAACUGCAGCUAGUUGCUACAACCAAAGAUAGCUACAGCAAAUAGUAUAGGGUGGUGUUCUGAUGAGUCCUAAAGCCUGUAUAUCAGUUAUCAUCCAUGUGCAUCUGGUUUCCUUAUCUCAAAGUCUGUGAGUUGUUUUUUUUGUUUUGUUUUGUUUUUUUGUUUUUUUAAUUGGUUUUCGGUUAAAUGUAUAAAUUGAGGUAUGUGGUUACCACAGGCUUACGAUAUUUAUAGUUUGAUCAAAGAAAUAAAAUACAUCAAUGAAUGUCCCACAAUUCAAUUAUAUAUUGCUUAAGCACCUUAGACAACAGUGGUUACAAACUAAAUGAGACGGUAGAGGUUGUCAGGGACAUUAAACAUCUUACCGUUUUAGCUUACACAUAUACAUUACAUCACUACCAUAUACAUCCCUACACCACUCUACUGUAUAUUGUGCAGCAAGAGGAGGUUAUGCUGCCCCCUGUAGUUUUGGAGCUAACUUCAAAUUCUGACCAUUUCUAACAAAUUAUACCUUUAAGUGUCAACUUUGAGCUGGAACUUUUAGUGUCACAUAUUACGACCCUGAGUAGUAAGAUGAGACACUUUGUGAAUACAGCCCCAAACGAGUCUGUUAUAACUGUCAAAUGAUUCAGUACAUCACAAAUAUUAAACCACCUCGUACAUAUUGUUGGCUGACAUUUCUUGUUACUAUAUACUCUAUACACUUAUACUGAUAUUACUGUGAACAUAUUAAUCAAUAACCAUGCUGAUAUACCACUGGAAAAUGAUAAAAUUCAUGUCUGAACAAAAUAUGAAAUGGCAGCUUCAUAUUGAAUCCAUUGCCAUUGUUUUUAAAACACACUAGUCGAUUUGACAUUAUGUAUUCAACAUCAACGAGACAGACUUCUGUUCAACAUAAGAAUCAUGUCAUCAUCAUAUCCUCCCUUCUAGAGUGAACAUGUGCAGUAUACUAUAUGGGCCUGCACAACACAUGUAUUCCCACAGUAGUAGGUCCUGUGUCUCUCCUGUUUAUAUUUAGCUGAUAAUAAUGUAAAAAGCAUCAUAUCACUUUCCACUGUUUGGAAAUGCCUGUACCAUCACAUACCACACUGUAUGUAAAGCUUUUUCUGCCAAGUAGAGGAAACUGGACUGCACUUAGUGAGGUUCACGUCUAUUUAGAGCAGUUUUUGUACAAAGCAUGUUGUCUUUGACUUCCAGCCCCAGCCCAUUAUGUCUUACCAUCGAUAUGCUUUAGAUUUCAACCUUUGCCUUUAAAAUGUUUGCUUUGUCAGCACAGUCAUACAUCAUUUUAUACCCAGUGCAUAACAUUGCCUUUUAAUAUAUGGUAACUCCCUUUAUACUCUGAAUUAUGGAACUCUAAGCAAUGGCUCAUGUUUGUAUGAAGACUGAAGACUCUUUGGAAAUGUUUGGAAAAGUUAAAUGAAAGAAAACACGUUUCUCUUC